UCGGUGUUCUCUGAUUGGACGAGCAGUUUCAGCACAACUAGCACCAACUCAGUCAGUGUAGUUCAUAAACAAUUCUUCUCCUUAUCGGUUUCUCAGUUGAAUUAUCAUAUACUCCGCCGUUUUGAGUAAAUCUCGUCUCAACUGUCUUGAGUUCCGGCCGAAUGGCUGAAGCCUCCGUUACAGACACAUCGAAGUUGAAUCCAGAGUCUGCUGAGUUUGUACCACAAGCUAAACCCAACCAGGCCCAUACUAAGAGAAAUUACAGGCAACAGCACCACAGUCAGGACUGGAGGGCUCAUCAUGUUAGGCCUCAUCAUCACGUUAGACAGUCCGGUGUGACUAAGAAUGAUCAAAAUGAGUCUGAAAAUCCUGCCAAUAAUACACUACCUCCUCCUGAACGUCCCAUCAGAGAAGACUUCAGAGGUAGAGGCAGAGGAGGAAGACGAGGAGGACGCGGCGAUGGUAGGCACAGUAAUGACCAUCGCCCUCUGAACAAGAGAUGGACAAAACCUGGAAGUGAUAGCGACUGCUCUGGAAAGGACAAUGGAGCUUUUGGUCGUGAGCGACCAAACUCACCCACUUCUAAUAGAUCCACAGAUGAGGAGAAGAAAGAAAGAACAACCGUGGAAGCUGAUGUAAGAAAGUCUUAUCAAGACAACCGACGUAAGCAGCCCAAUAAAGCGAGAGCUGAGAGAUCGAUAAAUGAGCCUCUGCUCAGGAACCAACAGGAGAACCGGGAAAACCAGGCUGAUGCUGGAGACGCAAAGCCUGCAGCAGUUCAUGAACAACCAGAGUCUGAGCAGAGGAGCCAUAAGGGAUGGAGAGGUGGAGAUCGGCGCGUGCAACCCAAUUCCCGGAGGAAAGGACCGCCCCCUAGCCUUGGGAUUGAGGGUAACUGGAGAGAAAGAGAACCUGCUCAGAACAGAGCGGAGGAGAGGAGAGUUGCAGAAGGUGAGGGUGGAAGACAUGAGGAGUCCAACAUGAACAGAGGAGGUGCGAGAGGGAAAAGGCCAUUAAUGCAGAAUCCAGGGCUGAGGAGAGGUGGGGGUCCUGAGCGACGGACUGGACCGGUGAAGCGCACAGAGGCUCCAAAAAGCAAAGAAACACAGACAGGUUGUCUAAUUGAACAGCUGACGGAGGAGAAGUAUGAGUGUAUGGUCUGUUGUGAAGUGAUUCGGGUCAUGGCUCCGGUUUGGAGCUGUCAGAGCUGUUUCCAUGUAUUUCACCUUAACUGCAUCAAGAAAUGGGCUCGGUCACCUACAUCUCAUGCUGAUGAUGGCACUGAAGGUUGGCGUUGUCCUGCAUGCCAGCAUGUGGCACUUAAAGCCCCAAAUGCUUAUACCUGCUUCUGUGGGAAGGUGACCAAUCCUGAGUUUCAACGCACUGAGAUCCCUCACAGCUGUGGAGAUAUGUGUGGGAAAAAGAGGAGUGGAGGGGAAUGCAAUCACCCCUGUAACAUCUUGUGCCAUCCUGGACCCUGUCCACAGUGUCCAGCUUUUAUCACAAAGUCCUGCAAGUGUGGGAGAAUGAGUAAGCAGGUUCGCUGCAGUCAGACAGGACCUCUGCUUUGUGAGGAUGCUUGUGGGGCUCGACUGAACUGCUCAGAGCACUUCUGUGCCCAGGUGUGCCACUCAGGGCCAUGCCAACCCUGCCGACUUCGUGUUCAGCAAGCCUGCUUCUGUGGUGUGGUGUUCAGGGAGGUGGCAUGUGGGACUGAUCGGGAAAAUUUUGAUGGAUCAGGAUACUUCUCCUGUUGCAAACCCUGUGGAAAGAUGCUAGACUGCAAGUCCCACCGCUGUCAACAGGUAUGCCACCCUGGCCAGUGUCAGUCAUGUCCACUCAGCCCCAAGCUGGUUCACAGUUGUUCAUGUGGACAGACUCCGUUAGCUAAACUUCUGGAGCUCGGCUAUCCAGAGAGAAAGACCUGUACUGACCCGAUCCCCUCCUGUGGCAAGACCUGCAACAAGCCGCUGCCCUGUGGAGAUGGUGAUUCUGUCCACUUGUGUGAAAAGCUCUGCCAUGAGGACAGCUGUGGGCCAUGCUCUCUGACCUCCUCUAUUAAAUGCAGAUGUGGCAGUAACAGCAAGGAAGUUCCUUGUGCAACCAUUCAGACUGAACGAGAUAUGGUGUUUACUUGUGAGAAACGCUGCAGCAAGAAACGCUCCUGCGGCAGACACAAGUGUGGAGAGCUGUGUUGUGUGGAUGUGGAGCAUAAGUGUUCAAUGAUUUGUGGUUACAAACUAAAUUGCGGUCUACAUCGAUGUCAGGACCUUUGUCACCGUGGCAACUGCCAGCCCUGUUGGCAAACCAGUUUUGAUGAGUUAACCUGCUACUGUGGGGAGACUGUGCUCUUCCCGCCCAUCCCUUGUGGAACCAGACCUCCUGAAUGUAAAAACUUAUGUACCCGAAGCCACGAUUGUGAUCAUCCAGUGUUCCAUUCAUGCCAUAGUGAGGAGAUAUGUCCUCCCUGUACCUACCUUACCAAGAAGUGGUGCAUGGGUAAUCAUGAGCAAAGGAGUAAUAUCCCAUGCCACCUGCAGGACAUCUCUUGUGGUUUAGUGUGUGAUAAACCCUUACCCUGCGGUUCUCAUCACUGUAAGAAAAUAUGUCACCGUGGGGAAUGCCAGGCAGAGGGAGAGUGUAAGCAACCAUGCACUUACCCUAGACCUAGCUGUGGACACCCCUGUGCUGCUCCGUGCCACCCAGGCACCCCCUGUCCACCCACUAUCUGCAGUGCCAAGGUGUCACUGCAGUGUGACUGUGGCCGAAAGAAAGAGACCGUUCCUUGUGCUGAUGCAGCCAGUUCCUACCAAAGAUAUGCAGCUAUUGCCGUUGCCAGCAAGCUGUCAGAUAUGCAGCUGGGAGAGUCCGUUGACAUUGGACAGCUCACGAAGAAAGAGCAAAGAAAAGCCAGGUUGGAGUGUGAUCAAGAAUGUGCUACACUGGAGAGGAACAGGCGUCUGGCUGAGGCCCUGCAGAUUGAUCAGUCAGUGGAUACUUUCAACAAGUCAACGUCUUCCAAAUAUAGUGACACUCUCAAAGAAGAUGCAAGGAAAGAUUUCAAGUUCGUCAGUGAAAUUGAGGAGGAGAUUAAGAAUUUAGUUGAACUGGCUAACAAGGGUAAACAGCCUAAGAGGAGUCACUGUUUUCCACCUAUGAAGCGUGAACACCGGAGAAUUAUCCAUGAGCUAGCGGAGGCAUACGGUGUGGAAAGCGUCAGCUAUGAUAGCGAACCCAAGCGCAAUGUAGUGGUCACUGCCAUCAGGGGGAAAUCAGUGUGUCCUAACACUAGUCUGGCUGCUUUGAUUGAAAGGGAAACUGUUUCCAGACCCCCUCCUCCUAUUGCCCACAUCAAACAACACACCAGCAAGGCUGACAAUAGUAAUGCUUGGAUGAAACAAUCUAAAGAGGAGCCCACAAUUGAUUAUUUCGAUGUGCAGGAUUGACAUGAAAUUUUGAAUAGUCCCUGUAAUAAUCAUACAAAAUAAAACUGUACAAAGUCCAGAAACUUCUUUUCACUAUAGUUUACAGUUCUGAACACAAACACAGUGAAAAUCUAAAGGUAUGAUUUGUGAAUGUUUGUUAGGUUUGCUAGCAUCUAGGAGUAAACACUGAUGUGGUUUCUGUGCAAAUAUUAGCUUUAAAAAAAAAAGAAAAAAAGAAAUGUGGAUUGUAUUUGUAUUCUGAGACUUCUGAGAAUGAGACUAAAUAUAAUUAGAGAACUUGACAAUGACAUCUGAUAGACAACUAAUACAAGUGUGAGGAGUUAGUUGGAGUGAUAUUGGCAUCAGGCAGGCUGUUGGUAGUAAUCUCAUUUUACCAUGCCUUGUUAAAGGUGAAAAUAAUUGUGCAUCUCAGUUCCAAUAAAUAAUUCUAAAAGCACAACUUUAUGCAGUUCAUGUGAAUUCAGUGCAAUAUUGAAUAGAAUGAAGGGAUAUCAGUAGUUCUCCACAUUCUGCUUUCCAGGCUUCAGGAUUAUGAAGCCUUUUUCUACUUUCUUCUGACCCAAACAAGAAUGAUGUUGUGAUACUCAGACAUAAAUUUCAAUUAAUUUUUUUUUUUUUUUU